CACAGUUCAGUAGUUACUUAACGCUCAUCAUCAUUGCAAUUUGAAUAUUUAUUACUCACUCCUUACAAUCUUUUGUCUUCAGUCUAGUGAUUGCCGUUCAACGGAUCAGUUGUAAAAUUAAAGUUGCUCAAUAAAUUAUUUUUUGAGAUUUAUAAGUAAUUUAUUGCCGUUAAUUUUUUGUGAAUUAAAUAAAUAAAUUUGGAAAUAAAAAAAUAAUAGAAGAUGCUCAAGUUAAUCUGUGUUGCCACGACAUUAUGUUUGAUCAUUUCACCCAAAAUGACGAACACAAUGCCAACAUCUGGCGGAUGCUCGAACAGUUGCUACGAAAGGAACGAAGUUUGUGGCACGGAUGAUGCGGCUCAAACUCAAACUUUUAGCAGUCCUUGUGCGAUGGACUCGCAUAAUUGUCAACAUGGAACAAAAUUCAUCAAAACCAGUGACGGUCCGUGUCCUUGACAACUUCCCAGCGAGAAUUUUUUUCUUAACGAGUAUUCAUGAAAAUUCAAUUUUUCAGUAGUUUUAAGGUAUUUUUAAUUAUUAUUUGCGAUGAUCAAUAAAGUAAAUUAUAAAUUUUAUCACGUUUUACUCCACUU